AUGAGGAUCCUAGCUUGGAAUUGUAGGGGGGCGGCCAAGCCGUCCUUCAUGUCUUCCUUCAAACGGUUAGUGCAAAUUCACUGCCCAGAGAUCUGCGUCCUUAGUGAGACCCGGCUAUCUGGUGAGGGGCUUGCACGUCUGAGACGACGUCUGGGGAGGGACUGGGAGACAUACGCAGUCGAGUCCCAGGGGUUGUCGGGAGGUAUCUUGCUCCUGUGGAGGCGUGGGGUGGCGACCUUUGAUGUCUUCCAUAACUGCUCUCAACAGGUAGUUAUGGUUGUAUCGGCACCUGACGCUCCUCCGUGGGUUUUGUGUGGGGUGUAUGCGAGCACGAAUUACAGGGUCAGGAGAUUCCUCUGGCAGGAGAUUGCCAGUCUCACUGCCCAGGGUGUCCCGACAGUUGUAGUAGGUGACUUCAACUGCAUCCUGAGUUCGGGUGACAAGAGGGGAGGGGUAGCCUUCACGGAUAGAGUGGACAGGAGGGAGUUCCGCGAUUUUGUGUCACGUACGGGCCUGGUGGACUUAGGUUACUCAGGACCUCAGUUUACUUGGUGCAAUAAUCAGCUUGGCAGUGCUAGGGUUUGGGAGCGCCUGGACAGGGCCUUUGCGUCCCCAGACUGGUUUCUUCUCUUUCCUACCUGCAGGGUCACUCACUUACCUCGGAUCGCCUCGGACCACUGCCCCCUGCUGAUUUCUACAUCAUUGGGACCCAGGCAUUACAGCCCCUUCCGCUUUGAUAAGGUUUGGCUAUCGUACCCCCAGUCCUGGGAUAUUGUACGUGAUGCAUGGCGCCUCCCGGUGCGUGGCGAUGCUAUGCACCGGGUAUCGCGCAAACUAGAGUUGGCCAAGAGGCGUCUCCGGCGAUGGAACCGCGAGGUUGUGGGCGAUAUCUUCCGAAGAGUGGAGGGGGUUGAGACCGCGAUCUCCGAGUUGCAGUCGAAAGAAGAUUUGGAAGGCACACUUUCGACGAACGAUAUGAGUGACCUUCGGGGGCUCCUAGCGACUCACCACUCCCUUCUACGACAGCACGAGAUCUUCUGGCGUCAGAAAUCUCGAGUCCAGUGGGUGCGGGAGGGUGACCGCAAUACUAGUUUCUUCCACCGGACUACGAUCAUUCGGAGGCAGCGGAGCACGAUCCACUCGUUGCGAGAUAGGUCGGGACAUCGGGUGGAAGGUGAGCCCUCCAUUCGUCAGAUCUUGUUGGAUUUCUUCCGCACCAGAUGGACGGAGGAGGAGGAGUCCGACGACAGUAACCCCCUCCCUCCUCCGCGGGUGGAUGUGAGGAUUGAGGAUGAUGAGAACGCAGCCCUGGUCCGACCGGUGUCGGCACAGGAGGUACAGGAGGCAGUCUGGGCUUUGGCUCCAGACAAGGCUCCGGGACCAGAUGGGUUCCCCCCGUUCUUCUUUUGA